GCUAUUUGUAUACCCAAUCACUCCGCACCGGAGCGAUUCUGCAUUGCGACCAGAACCACAGUGCGAUCCGACUUGAUUGCCGCCGCCGCUGCCUCGUCCUCUGCAAGUCCACAUGGGUCUCGAUGGAUACAAGUACAUGAUAUCCAAGAUGAAGGCAAGUCGCGGCAACCAGAGCCGCCUUGGAAGCUUCUCGUCGAUCGGUUGCGCCUCGUACGAUUUUCACGGUGACGACGCUGUAGGCUACGGCCCCAAUUAUAUGGUCGUCGCGGAUGGUGUGUCUGGGACCCAAAAGGCGUCAGGCAUUCUGGCUCGAGUGCUCGUCACGGAAACGCUGAAUUCCCUCGAACGCUUGCGGCGAAAAAGUCUGUCGGACCCAGCAGUCCCGAUCAAGUCCUCGGACUUUGGGGCUGAGAUGAUCGGUGCAAUUCGAGUCGCACGAGCUCUGACACGUCGGAAGGGACGCUUCGACUCAGCUCUCACGGCUGUGUACGUGGAUGCAGCGUCGUCGCAACUGUUUGUGUUCAACAUUGGGGAUUGCAAGUGUGUCUUAGUGCGCCACAACGUCGUCGUGUUUGAAAGCGACGCAAUCAUCUACGACUUCAACGUGCCCGCCGUCGUCUCCACAAUGAACGAGAUCCAUUACCCCACAGAUGCCGUGGAUAUUCAAGUCACGGGAUAUGAACCAGGCGACGUCGUCAUGGUGUUCUCUGACGGUGUCCACGACAACUUGUACGUGGACGAGGUGCUCCACGUAGUCGCGUCCCAUCCAAACCACGGCGCCGACAUCGCCAAAGCGACCGUGCGGGCUUGCCGGGAUACAUUCACAGGCCAUUGUGGGUACAUUCCGUUUGCGGUGGCAGCUGCUGGGUUUUGCCUGACUGCUGUGGAGGAGAUGAAGACCAACGAUGCGAUCACGCGCGCCGAUUUCGAGGCGUUUGAAGCGAAGUGCCGAGACCUGCCGCGGCCAGGCACCCGAGCAAUAUUUGGGAACGACAAGCGUGUGAAGAAAUUGGCGUUCUACAGCGCAUCCAAUCUUCUCACGUUUGCCAACAAGCAGAUUGGGAAGAAGGACGACAUAUCUGUAUGUGCUGGCGUGUUGGCAUGAAGCAGCAUUUCCUCUGAUCCACAGGGGAUGCUUGUAUUGAUUAACUUUAUUUGAAUGUAUCCGAGUCUUGUGGAGGCGGUCGCGGUGUUUGUCGAGGCGCUUUUCACAGCAUUCGUGUGCAUGUUGCGAGAACCUGACGGUGUGC